AAUGAGGGCGCGGGCGGAACAUGGCCAGUUCUGCCGACGUCAUUCCGGGAAACAAGGAAACCCAGGAAAAUCAGGAAAACAAACCUGAAUUAAAAAAAAAUGUUAAAAAGUUCUUGAAUACAUUUUUGCAUGUAUACCGUAAUUCUAAUGAAUUUGAUAACCCCAUUCAAUCACAACCUGUGUUUGUUAGUGAUCCAUAUAUUGAUAUCGAAUUUGUCAGGCCCUCUGACAUAGACUUGAGUUCUCCUUCCCCUUCUGUGUGUACAAAUCCCCCUGACAUUGCAAUGUAUGAUAUCGAUAUGGAUUACACCCAAACACCUGGGAUUGAUUCGAGUUAUCCCCAAUUCUCAUUGCAUGAUAAACCCUCUGAAAUGUCAAUGCAUGAUAUUGAUCUGAGUCCUGAAUCCCCAUAUUUGCAUGUUGAGCAUGAUGAUAUUAUAGAUUAUGUUACCCAUAGUGAGCUUGAGAUGAACUGUCCCGACACCCCUGUACAUGAUCAACAGACUGUACCAGAUUUAAUUGUUGAAAACGAACCUGCCUCCAUGGUGACUGAGGUUAGAGCGGAUAUUCAUGAAGAACCUCGUUCUACAGGAGAUCUUCAGAAUUGGUUGGAGAUGGACCAAAAAUUCACCCCUGAUUCAUAUGGUGAGAUUGUGCUGGCAAGAGCCUAUUGGAUAAAAAAGCCAGACUCAGGCAGUGGUUUGAACUCGGCCUGGAUUCAGCCUGGAAGGAGUCAGUCACGGUUUGCCUGCCCCUCCGCUGCCAAGCGCUCCACGCCCUACACCCCCUUGCCAAGCACAUUCUCCAUCAAGCCUAAAAUAGAAAAGCCUUGAUUUUAUUUACUAUUAAUAAAUAUUUGUGAAAAAAU